GUGUCCCCCUGGAUCAGUCUCUCCCAGACUCUUCAGAUUUUCCUGUCCCUGUGUCCUCCGUGUCCACCUCUCUCAACCUCUCUCCCCGCAUUUCUGUCUCUGCCCGUCCCCGCAUGCCUCCUUCCCAGUUUCGCCGGCGGUGGGGCGGAGGGGGAGAAGGAGGAGGACAAGGGGCGGGGAGCGGGCGGCACGUGGGGACUGGAGCCCGGGAAGGAGGGAGCGCGGGAGGGAGGGCAGCGGGCGGGAGGGAGGAGGGCGGCGCGGGGAGCGGCGGGGGCGAGCGCGGCGCGCCCGUCCCGCCUCCUCCUCCGCCGCCUCCGCGUCCGUUCGGCGCGGGCCCGGGCGGCAUGGGCUGGCCCGGGGGCUCCCCCUGCUGUUGCCCCGCCCCGCCGCGCCCCCGCCCCGCCGGGCGCCCCCCGCAGCCCAGGAAAGCUGAGCCGCAUAGCUUCCGGGAGAAGGUUUUCCGGAAGAAGCCACCGGUCUGUGCAGUGUGUAAGGUGACCAUCGAUGGGACGGGUGUCUCGUGCCGAGUCUGCAAGGUAGCAACACACAGAAAAUGUGAAGCAAAGGUGACUUCAUCCUGUCAGGCCUUGCCUCCCGCGGAGCUGCGGAGAAACACGGCCCCUGUGAGGCGCAUAGAACAUCUGGGAUCCACCAAGUCUCUGAACCACUCAAAGCAGCGCAGCACUCUGCCCAGGAGCUUCAGCCUGGACCCGCUCAUGGAACGCCGCUGGGACUUGGACCUCACCUACGUGACGGAGCGGAUCCUGGCCGCCGCUUUCCCCGCGCGGCCGGAGGAGCAGCGACACCGGGGCCACCUGCGCGAGCUGGCUCACGUGCUGCAAUCCAAGCACCGCGACAAGUACCUGCUCUUCAACCUUUCAGAGAAAAGACAUGACCUGACCCGCCUAAACCCCAAGGUCCAGGACUUUGGCUGGCCUGAGCUGCACGCGCCCCCCCUGGACAAGCUGUGCUCCAUCUGCAAAGCCAUGGAGACGUGGCUCAGUGCUGACCCACAGCACGUGGUCGUACUGUACUGCAAGGGGAGCAAGGGCAAGCUCGGGGUCAUUGUCUCUGCGUACAUGCACUACAGCAAGAUCUCUGCAGGGGCGGACCAGGCGCUGGCUACCCUUACCAUGCGGAAGUUCUGUGAGGACAAGGUGGCCGCGGAGCUGCAGCCCUCCCAGCGCCGAUACAUCAGCUACUUCAGUGGUCUGCUGUCCAGCUCCAUCAGAAUGAACAGCAGCCCUCUCUUCCUGCACUAUGUGCUCGUGCCCGUGCUGCCAGCCUUUGAACCUGGCGCAGGUUUCCAGCCCUUCCUCAAGAUCUACCAGUCCAUGCAGCUUGUCUACACAUCUGGAAUCUAUCACGUUGCAGGCCCUGGUCCCCAGCAGCUUUGCAUCAGCCUGGAGCCAGCCCUCCUCCUCAAAGGCGAUGUCAUGGUGACGUGCUAUCACAAGGGUAGCCGGGGAGCCGACCGGACCCUUGUGUUCCGAGUCCAGUUCCACACAUGCACCAUCCACGGACCACGGCUCGCCUUCCCCAAGGACCAGCUGGACGAGGCCUGGAUCGACGAGAGGUUCCCCUUCCAAGCCUCGGUGGAGUUCGUCUUCUCCUCCAGUCCAGAGAAGAUCAAGGGCAGCACCCCACGGAACGAGCCCUCCGUCUCUGUGGACUACAACACCGCCGAGCCCGCCGUGCGCUGGGACUCCUACGAGAACUUCAACCUGCACCAUGAGGACAGCGGGGACGACUCCCUCAGCCAUACCCGCGGACCCCUGGAUGGCAGUCCUUACGCCCAGGUGCAGCGGGCCCCCCGCCCGACCCCGCCGGCGCCCUCUCCAGAGCCGCCCCCGCCCCCACUGCUCUCCGUCAGCAGUGACUCUGGCCAUUCGUCCACGCUGACCGCGGAGCCGGCCGCCGAGUCCCCCGGCCGGCCACCCCCGACGGCUGCUGAGCGCCAGGAGCUCGAGCGCCUCCUGGGAGGCUGUGGCGUGGCCGCUGGGGGCCGGGGAGCGGGGCGCGAGACGGCCAUCCUCGACGACGAAGACCAGCCGCCCGCAGGCGGAGGCCCCCACCUCGGAAUGUAUCCAGGACACAGGCCUGGCCUCAGCCGCCACUGCUCCUGCCGCCAGGGCUACCGGGACCCCUGCGGGGUCCCCAAUGGGGGCUACUACCGGCCGGAGGGAACCCUGGAGAGGCGGCGGCUGGCCUUCGGGGCCUACGAGGGGCUCCCCCAGGGCUAUGCCGAGGCCUCCGUGGAGAAGAGGCGCCUCUGCCGAUCACUGUCCGAGGGGCCGUACCCCUACCGACCGGAGCUGGGGAAACCGGCCAGUGGGGACUUUGGCUACCGCUCCCCCGGCUACCGGGAGGUGGUGAUCCUGGAGGACCCCGGGCUGCCUGCCCUGUGCUCAUGCCCCGCCUGUGAGGAGAAGCUGGCACUGCCCACGGCAGCCCUCUAUGGGCUGCGGCUGGAGAGGGAGGCUGGAGAGGGGUGGGCGAAUGAGGCUGGCAAGCCCCUCCUGCACCCGGUGCGCCCCGGGCACCCGCUGCCCCUGCUGGUGCCUGCCUGCGGGCACCACCAUGCCCCGAUGCCUGACUACAGCUGCCUGAAGCCACCCAAGGCAGGCGAGGAAGGGCAUGAGGGCUGCUCCUACGCCGUGUGCCCCGAAGGCAGGUAUGGGCAUCCAGGGUACCCUACCCUGGUGACAUACGGCUGUGGAGGAGCGGUUCCCAGUUACUGCCCAGCGUACGGCCGAGUGCCUCACAGCUGUGGGCCUCCGGGCGAGGGCAGAGGGUAUCCCAGCUCUGGUGCCCACUCCCCACGGGCUGGCUCCACUUCCCCGGGCAGCCCGCCCUACCCCCAAUCCAGGAAGCUGAGCUACGAGAUCCCUGCAGAGGAGGGAGGGGACAGGUAUCCGCUGCCCGGGCACCUGGCCCCAGCAGGACCUUUGGCAUCUGCAGAGUCCCCAGAGCCUGUGCCCUGGAGGGAGGGCCCCAGCGGGCAGAGCACCCUGCCUCGGUCUCCCCGAGAUGCCCAGUGCGGUGCCUCCUCCGAGCUGUCUGGUCCUGCCACGCCCCUGCACACCAGCAGCCCCGUCCAGGGCAAGGAGAGCAGCCGACGGCAGGACACCAGGUCCCCCACCUUGGCGCCCACACAGAGGCUGAGUCCUGGAGAGGCCUCGCUGCCUGUUGCCCAGGAAGGGCCCGAAAAGGCUCCAGAGCUGCCGGCAAGGAGUGGGCCUGAGCCUCCGGCCCCUGGCCCCUUCUCCCCAGCCUCCCCGCCCAGCUCGCCCAACGACUGGCCUCAGGAGAGGAGCCCGGGGGGCCGCUCGGACAACGCCAGCCCAAGGGGCCCUGUGCCCACCACCCUGCCCGGCCUCCGCCACGCCCCCUGGCAGGGCCUUCGCGACCCCCCCGACAGCCCGGAUGGGUCCCCCCUCACCCCUGUGCCUACUCAGAUGCCCUGGCUUGUGGCCCGCCCAGAGCCGCCUCCGAGCUCCCCCACACCUGCCUUCCCUCUGGCUGCAUCUUACGACAUCGACGGCCCCCUCCGGCCCCCACUUCCCGAGAAACGCCCCCUGCUGGGGCCUGGGCAACAGCCGGGACCCUGGGGCCCAGAGCAGGCAUCCCCGCCAGCCAGAGGCACCAGUCAUCAUGUCACCUUUGCACCUCUGCUCCCGGAUAAUGCCUCCCAACCCCCAGGUAGAAAGGCCUUCAGGUGGCUGGGGCCAUCUCCGGAGAACACUUUUUCCCAGGGAGAGGCAUGGCGUGGCAUGGGGACUGGGGAGCCCCGAGGCCAAGCCCAGUCCCUCCCUGUCCUAGAGCCCCCUAUGCAAGAGAGCCAGAGCAACGUCAAGUUUGUCCAGGAUACGUCCAAGUUCUGGUACAAGCCACACCUGUCCCGUGACCAAGCCAUUGCUCUGCUGAAGGACAAGGACCCUGGGGCCUUCCUGAUCAGGGACAGUCAUUCAUUCCAAGGAGCCUAUGGGCUGGCUCUCAAGGUGGCUACGCCCCCACCCAGCGCCCAGCCUUGGAAAGGGGACCCCCUGGAACAGCUGGUCCGCCAUUUUCUCAUUGAGACUGGGCCCAAAGGGGUGAAGAUCAAGGGCUGUCCCAGUGAGCCCUACUUUGGCAGCCUGUCGGCCCUGGUCUCCCAGCACUCCAUCUGCCCGCUGUCGCUGCCCUGCUGCCUGCUCAUUCCCAGCAAAGAUCCCCUGGAGGAGGCCCCAGAGGCCCCAGUGCCCACCAACAUGAGCACAGCAGCAGACCUCCUGCGUCAGGGCGCGGCCUGCAGCGUGCUCUACCUGAGCUCCGUGGAGACGGAGUCGCUGACGGGCCCCCAGGCGGUGGCGCGGGCCAGCUCCGCAGCUCUGAGCUGCAGCCCUCGCCCCACGCCAGCCGUUGUCCACUUCAAGGUCUCAGCCCAGGGCAUCACACUGACAGACAACCAAAGGAAGCUCUUCUUUCGCCGCCAUUAUCCAGUGAACAGCAUCACCUUUUCCAGCACGGACCCUCAGGACCGGAGAUGGACCAACCCCGAUGGGACCACCUCCAAGAUCUUUGGUUUCGUGGCCAAGAAGCCGGGAAGCCCCUGGGAGAAUGUGUGUCACCUCUUUGCAGAGCUUGACCCAGAUCAGCCUGCAGGCGCCAUCGUCACCUUCAUCACCAAAGUCCUACUGGGCCAGAGAAAAUGAAGGCAGGCCACAAGUUCCGAGCCCACAUCGACACUGCGCCCCUCUCAGCACCCCACAGCCCUCACUUCCCCUGGCCUGGACCCAGGAGACCUGGGAGGCAGCCUCUCCCUUAGGAAUGGGGAGUGGACACCGGCCCGGGACACUGCUCUCCUUCCCACCCCCAGCCUGCUAAGCGAAGUGGACGGGCCCAGGAGAUGACCUUGCACGUGAGCAGAUGGCAGAGAUGGGUGUGUGAAGGGCGAGGAGGCAUCCGCAGCGGGGCCUGGAGGGGAUCAGGACAGCCCCACCUGCACAAGACCACCACCGCUGGCGGGGAGACAGGCCCUGCCAGCUCCACGCGGCUGCAGGUCCCCGCAUGGCAGGGAGAGGGGAAGAGGUGUGGGGAGCGAGGCACUCCCUCCUCUGCCUCCCCUCUGAGCAGAGAGAUCAGGGUGGGAUUACAUGAAAAGGGGGGAAAAAGAGUCUAUUUUUGUCUAAUAAUAAAGAGUUUCUAUAAUGUUUA